UAUAUGCAUGCCUAGUGAGUCAGCUCACUAUCGCUCCGUGAAUGAGAAGAGCAUUCGGCCCCGGUCCACAGAACGCAACCUCUGGAGGUGUUGGACUUGGCAAUGCAGAAGUGGUCGGCGCCCGCUUGUUGACGCAUAAUCCCGCCCGCCCCGCUGGCACUGAGAGGGGGCAGAGCCAUCCUACCUUAAAUCAAACCCUGGAGGAGUGAUUUAUGAGAGAGCUGCUACAUCUUCACAAGACAUUUCGCUCAUUUCAUUUUUUUUUGCAUGACGACGCACGGAUUCUACUCGCGAACCAGAGAGACAUAUAGCAUUUGAUCCAAAAAUUGGCACAUCAUCACCAAGGCUAUUUGAUCGCCUUCGUUGCACCGCAGAUCUGGAGCCAUGACAGGCGCCCCGCUGGUUCAACAGCCCGCCUGCUGACGGUACCGGGGCAGGAUGGGAGAAAGGUCUGCCGCUGUCAGGAUCCCGAAGCAGCCGAUUUAUCAAUGGAGGAGGAGAGCGACACCCGGAAAAUUAACAGCAGCUUCCUUCGCGACCACAACUAUGCAACCGAAGCUGACAUUAUCUCAACGGUGGAGUUUAACUCAUCGGGGGAGCUGUUGGCCACUGGGGAUAAAGGAGGCAGAGUGGUUGUCUUCCAGAGGGAGCAGGAGAGUAAAAGCCAGCCCCAGCGUCGAGGCGAGUACAAUGUUUACAGUACAUUCCAGAGCCACGAGCCAGAGUUCGACUAUCUGAAGAGUUUGGAGAUAGAGGAGAAGAUCAACAAGAUCAAAUGGCUUCCCCAGCAGAACGCAGCUUACUUCCUGCUCUCCACCAAUGACAAGACAGUGAAGCUGUGGAAAAUCAGUGAGCGAGACAAACGUCCAGAGGGCUACAACCUGAAGGAUGAGGAUGGACGCAUUAGAGACCCUUCGACCAUCACUUCACUACGAGUGCCGGUGCUGCAACCAAUGGAUCUGAUGGUUGAAGCCACAGCCAGGCGAGUGUUCAGCAACGCCCACACCUACCACAUCAACUCCAUCUCUGUGAACUCUGACCUACAGACCUUCAUCUCCACCGAUGACCUCAGGGUGAACCUGUGGAAUCUGGAGAUCACUGACCGUAGCUUCAAUAUUGUGGACAUAAAACCAUCCAAUAUGGAGGAGCUGACAGAAGUCAUCACCUCAGCAGAGUUUCAUCCGCAGCAGUGUCACACCUUCGCAUACAGCAGCAGCAAGGGCUCAAUAAGACUGUGUGACAUGAGACAGGCGGCACUCUGCGACAAGCACUGCAAAUACUUUGAAGAGCCGGAGGAUCCUGCCACACGCUCGUUUUUUUCUGAAAUCAUCUCAUCCAUCUCUGAUGUGAAGUUCAGCCACAACGGCCGUUACUUGAUGACAAGGGACUACCUCACUGUUAAGGUGUGGGACCUGCAGAUGGAGAACAAACCGUUUGAGACCUACCAGGUGCACGACUACUUACGGGGGAAACUUUGCUCACUUUAUGAGAACGACUGCAUCUUUGAUAAGUUUGAGUGCGUCUGGAAUGGAUCGGACAGCGUCAUUAUGACCGGCUCCUACAACAACUUCUUCCGAAUGUUUGACCGCAACACCAAGCGGGACGUCACGUUGGAAGCAUCAAGGGAGAACAGCAAGCCUCGAGCCAUUCUCAAGCCUCGCAAGGUGUGCGUGGGCGGCAAACGUCGAAAGGAUGAAAUCAGCGUGGACAGUUUAGACUUCAGCAAGAAGAUCCUUCACACCACAUGGCACCCGCACGAGAACAUCAUUGCUGUCGCAGCCACCAACAACCUUUACAUUUUCCAAGACAAGGUCAACUAAAACACGAUGUCCCUGCUUCACCCCUGACCUCUUCAUGUGUGGGGCAUUGGAGGGGUGUUUUUAUCUAGCAGAGAAAAGCCGUAUGGAGCCCCGAUCUGCCUUCUUCGGGCUUGUUGCUGCUCACGUGAUUUGCACUGAGGACGUCCAAUUCUGGAAUCAGUGAUGAGUGUUGAAUUUAUUUCACGAAAGGGAAUCCUGUGCAGAAAGACGACAGCUGCAUGAGCAACAGGAUGUAGCAGCCCUCUGGACCCUGGAAGAAAAAUGGGAGGGCGGAUACAGUGAAAUCUUCCCUGCAUCCCUGCAAGAAAAGGCAUCCUUUUUGGACAGCGCAACCUGCUGAUUCUGUCUUUUCUGUCUGUGGUCAGUCUUUCUAAUUGUCGCGUCCCCACGCUUGGACGACUGUAGUCCGUGAUGUGAAUGAGGCUAUUUUUAUUCAUGCUUUUAUUUAACGCUGGUUUGUUUAGCUGCUGUGGUGCCUUCUUUUGGUAUCUGGGGAUUCAAUGUAAGAAGGGUCGGGGUGGGGGGGAUUGAGGCAGAAGUGUGAAUGUUUUGUUUUGUUUCCUGUCUGUCAACUAUGAACAAAAAUGAGAGAGGAGUAAGGCCCCCAAAAUCUAACACUAUGAUGUGUACAUUAGUUCCAACCCUGCAGAUACUUUGCAAGCCAGCACGUACAGUAUUAUCACUAUGCCCUGGAUAGUUCUAUUGGAUAGUUCUAAAAAAAAAACAAAAAAACAAUCUUUCCAUUUAGAAAGUUCAUUAUAAUUCUGACAUGUUGCAUGUAAAGGACGUAAUCCUGAUGACUUCGACACUCCGUACGAGGCACAAGUGUUGCAUUCCAUCUCAGAUUGUUUACAUCUUGUUGCAGGAGUGUGCAAACAUUUCAACAUAUGGAUUAUAGCACCUGUUAAGAGCCAGCGUCACCUGAGGUAAGCACUAGAAAAAGGAAAAAAAAAAAAGGUCUAAGCAAACUCUGUGAAAUCAGGGAAUCGAUACUGUACAUGUCAAGAAAUGUCUUCUAAACAACUUUCCUUUUGUGACACUUCUAAUUGAAACAAAAAAAAACAUUUUAUAGCUCAGAAUGUAAUAAGAAUGCAGUCUUUAUGCUUACUGAACUUUUCUUUGAUUAAAAAAAUAAUAAAGAUGUGCAAGUUCAAAAGGGCCUUCCUGAUACCUUGUGUGCAAGCAAGUAGUGUGAGGGCUCCCCCAUGUGGACAAAAGGGGAACGACAGAAUGGUUACUAACACGGAGGUAUGUACAGUACGUACAUUAGCUUAUACAGUGGUGUGAAAAAGUGUUUGCCCCCUUCCUGAGUUGUUACUCAUCUUUGCAGAAUUGUUGUAAUUGAGCCACACUGGAGGGUUUUCCAGCAUGAACCGCCUUUUUAAGGCCAUACCACAGCAUCUCAAUAGGAUUCAGGUCAGGACUUUGACGAGGCCACUCCAAAGUCUUCAUUUGACUUGCUGGUGUGUUUUGGAUCAUUGUCCUGCUGCAGAACCCAAGUUCCUUUCAGCUUGAAGUCACGAACAGAUGGACGGACAUUCUCCUUCAGGAUUUUUUGGUAGACAGCAGAAUUCAUGGUUCCAUUUAUCACAGCAAGUCUUCCAGGUCCUGAAGCAGUAAAACAGCCCCAGAUCAUCACACUACCACCACUAUAUUUUACUGUUGGUAUGAUCUUUUUCUGUAAUGCGGUGUUACUUUUACGCCAGAUGUAAUGGGACACACACCUUCCAAAAAGUUCAAUUUUUGUCUCGUCAGACCACAGAGGUCCAUAGGUAUGAAUGUGAGCGUGAAUGGUUGUUUGUCUAUAUGUGCCUUGCGAUUGGCUGGAAACCAGUCCAGGGUGUACCCCGCCUCUUGCCCAAAGUCAGCUAGGCUCCAGCAUAUCCGCGACCCUAGUGCGGAUAAGCGGCAUAGAAGACGGAUGGAUGCUGGAAAACUAUUACAGGUGACUACUUCUUGAAGCUUAUCAAGAGAAUGCCAAGAGUGUGCAAAGCAGUAAUCAGGGCAAAAGUUGGCUACUUUGGAGAAAGUAGAAUAUAAGACAUGUUUUCAAUUAUUUCACACUUUUUUGUUAAAUACAUAAUUCCACGUGUUCAUUCAUAGUUUUGAUGCCUUCAGCAAGACUUUACAAUGUAAACAGUCCUGAAAGUAAAGAAAACGUAGUGAAUGAGAAGGUGUGUCCAAACUCUUGGCCUGUACUGUACACAGUACCAAAUUAUUAUGCAAAUGAUAUAAAUUACAGUCAUCAUCAUUUUCAAAACAUCAACCCUAAGUGUACAAUUUGAAUGUUAUUGAACAAAUCUCCCAGUGAUAACAGCAUUUGUUUCAAAAAUAAAAACUUAUAAUGCACUGUUCCACGUUAUUAUACACAACAGGGUUUCAAAGCAUUUCAGUGGUUGUUAAGAACCAAAAAUGGUCAUUUGUUGAAUUUGCAGCAUAAGGAGGUCAUAUUUACUGAAAGCAAAAGCUUUCAAUCACUAACAUUUUAACAGGCCAAGUUACAUGUUAACAUAGAGUAAGAUCCCUUCUUUGAUAUAACCUUCACAAUUCUUACAUUAAACUUGUGAGUUUUUGGAGUAUUUCUGCUUGACUUUCAUUGCGAGAUGUCAGAAUAGCCUCCCACAGCUGCUGUUUUGUUGUGAUCUGCCUCCCACCCUCAUAGAUUUUUUGCUUGACGAUGCUCCCUACGUUCUCAAUUGGGUUGAGGU